AUGAACCACGAUUAUACAAAGGGCCAGAUGAUCGGUCUGGCCUUGGGUUUUAUGAUAAUCCCCACAGUGUUCUUUGGUUUGCGCUUGUGGGCGAAGAUGUUGAUGGCCAAACGAUUCGCAUGGGACGACUAUUUGACUGGGAGUGCGCUGCUGGUAGCUAUCACUUGCUGCACGUUGCAGCUAGCCACUGCUGUCCAUGGCCAUCUAGGGCAGCAUCAACCUCAGUACCCCGACGGAUCCCCCAUCAUGGACGAUCCGGGAUUAAUAUUCUUCGAGCAGACCAAGUUCGCCCUCAACAUGAUCUCAAUCCUCGGCCUUGGACUCGUCAAAUCCUCCAUCUUGGUACUGUACAACAACAUAUUCAAAGUGCGAAAGUUCCAGCUGUGCAUCUACGCCAUGCUUGGCUUCGUGAUCUGCUGGACGAUUAGCUUCUUCUUCUCGCACCUCUUCACUUGCUACCCAAUCACCGUCUUCAUCGAGCCUUUUUACGGGAACAAAUGUGUCCAGACGGUUCCGAUGUUCUUUGCGCUCCUCUACACGGAUGUCAUUGCGGAUUUGGUCAUUCUAGUUUUGCCAAUCCCAAUGGUCCUAAGCGUGCAACUGCCACUGAAGAAGAAACUAGCCGUGAUCGCGAUGCUGAUGCUGGGUGCAGCCGUCUGCGCUAUCAGUAUUACGAGAGUAAUCGCCACUUACGCUGUCGCAAACGAGUACAUCAAGCAUCCGAACGACGUGAUCUAUUACACGGCACCCGUCUUCUUCUGGACGAACAUCGAGCUAUCCCUAGCCGUGGUAUGCGCAUGCCUCCCAACACUACGGCCAAUCUAUCUGCGCUUCUUCCCAAAGCCCAUCCGGGAAACAACGUCGAGCUACGGCUACGGAUCCUCAAGGCCUAUGGGAACGAAGAAAAGCAGUCUGGGGCCUAAGUUCAGUCACAAAGCGUACGACGAGAUCGAAGAGCUGGAAUUGACUAGUCACGGCCAAGUUCCGUCAACGUCACCGGAAGGAGGUAUCAUAAGAAAGGUCACUAUACAUCAAACUACGGAGGCCUCUGAGGGCUCAAGUAUGACUAGUUUGAGAGGGAAGAGUACUAGCUCUUAA